CCACCUCCUCCUCCUCCUCCUCCUCCUCCUCCUCCUCUUCCUCCUCCUCGUCCUCCUCCUCCUCCUCCUUCUCCUCCACCACCACCACCACCACCUCCUCCUCCUCCCCUCUGCAACAGCAGCGUCCGCCAUCAUGAUUCUCCCAUCUUGGUAUAUUCGUUUCCGGAAGGACUUGACGACUAAGGAAUUCGCUCCCAUCAAGCUCCUCUUCUUCCUCAUCUAUGGAGCGUCCAUGGCCAUGUUUCCCUUCCUCACUCUCCAAGCGCGGUCUCUCGGCAUCACGGAGAAAGAACUCGGCAUUGUUUACGCUUUCACGCCAGUCAUUGCCAUCAUCGGGCCGCCCAUGACAGGCAUGAUUGCGGAUAAGAUUGGCAAUUUUAAGAUAUUCCUCAGCUUCACAAUGGCGGCGAGCGGUGCAGCUGCCCUUGUGUUUUCCGCCGUCCCCGCCGCCCGCAUCCACCACGCCCUUCCGGAGGUCCUUCCCUACACGGUUACCUGCGGCGGGAGUGAGGGCUCGAGGCUCACGCUGAAGGAGCCUUUUCAGUGUGAUUACUUUGGCCGAUCUCGACACCGUGUUGUUCAAUGUUACGAGCUCCUCACGGACUCCGAGCUGCACCUGGUGACGACCCCGUGCCCGGGCGGCGCCGACACCAACUGCGAAAUCUCUCUGCCCCCCGGCGUGUCCCCUGUGCUCGCGGCCAGGGUGCCCCAGGGCGAUGCCAACGCCAGCCUCCUCGAGCCGCUGGACUGGACCUGCCCUGGGCCCGGCGAGCAGGGAAUCCCCCUGGACACCGACACCAAAUCCGCGUACGACGUCGCCGCCUCCACGACCCUCGCCUCCAACGACUGCCGACUCCGCUGCGUGGCGGAGGUGAGGCGGGUCGACCUGUGCUCCAACGACAAGACCACGCAGGUGCUGAAGCCCAUGGUGACCUUCUGGUGCUACCUGCUGGUGCGGGUGCUCAACGGGCUGACCUUGGCCACGAGCUUCACCCUGUUCGACGGCGCGACGAUGGCGGUGCUGAAGGAACACAAGGGGGAUUACGGGCUCCAGCGUCUCUACGGGAACAUCGGAGCCAUCGUGAUCACUCCCUUGUCCGGCGUCCUUAUCGACGUGUUCACGGAGAUGCAGGGGAUUCAGGACUACAGACCGGCUUUCUACCUCUACUGCGGCCUCAAGAUCAUCGCCGCCGUCGUCAUCAUCUUCUUGAGUCUGGACUUCCGGCAGCCUUCCAACCAGGUGUUUAGUGACUUCAAGGUGCUCAUCAGAAAACCUGAGAUUCUCACCUUCCUGCUCGUCAUGAUGAUUUCAGGCACCUGCUUCGGCCUGCUGGACACGUUCCUCUUCUGGCUCCUGCAGGACCUCGGCGCCAAGAAGUUCCUGAUGGGGAUCACCGUCACCGUGGGCAGCAUCGCGGGCGUCCCUACCCUCAUCGCUUCCGGCUGGAUCAUGGGCAAGCUCGGGCACGCCAACACCAUCAUUCUGGGCUACGCUUUCUACGUCAUUAGGAUGUUCGGCUACUCCUUCAUCCAGAACCCGUGGUGGUGCAUGCCCUUUGAAGUCCUCGAAUGCUUCACCGUCUCCCUCAUGGGCGCCGCCGCUGUGUCCUACGCGAGCGAGUUGGCGACGCCGUCCACGCUCGCCACGCUCCAGGGAAUCUACGGCGGCAUUCACUACGGAGUCGGACGCGGACUGGGCAGCCUCAUCGGCGGGUUCAUGAUCGGUCCCCUGGGCAUCCGCAACACCUUCAGGCUCAUGGGCAUCUUGUGCGCCGUCACCUGCAUCACCUACUUCGUCGUCAACCACAUCUUCUUCCGGAAGCUCCAGAACCAGCGGCGAGACGAGAAGGAGGAGCAGAAGAAAGCCGAAGAAGCCGAAGAAGGGAACCCGAAGGAGACCAAGGGUGACCUGAAGGAGAUCAAGGGCGACCUGAAAGAGACCAAGGACGACCUGAAGGAGAUCAAUGGCGACCUGAAGGAGACCAAGGACGACCUGAAGGAGAUCAAUGGCGACCUGAAAGAGACCAAGGGCGACCCGAAGGAGAGUUUGUCCCUUGAGGCGCUCGGGGCUGUCGAGAAUGGCAUCAAGGCGAUACCGAAUGGAAAGGAAACCAAGGUGCCAUAAAGGUCUUUUUUAUUUCCCCCAUUUUUUCUGUGAAAAAAAAAACAAAACAAACACAGUUCCCUACGCACAGAUAAAAUGAAACACGGUACAAUGUAAAAAAAAAAAAAGAAUAAAACCCAAUAUUUACUUAUAUGGUUCGAAACGUGAAGACACUGAUUCUCUGUUUCUGUUGUGACUGUGUUUCGUUUUAUCCUUCUUAUCAGUAAAUGUCAUACGUGUAAGGUAUUGAAAUCCAGUUAUCGAAAGAUUUUGCUUAAACAUGAUAGUAGCUUAUUACGGUAGUGUCCGUUAGCAUUUAUAUAAGGUCGUUGUAUAUACAUUUCGAGAGGUGCUCAUUUCUCUCAAGCUUUACUAAUGCAUUUAGAUUUAUAGGUUCUUACUAUUUCCUACUUCACAUGUCUUCCGUCUGUGUAAGGAAAUUUUACGAAAUGCCUCAACGUAAGUGCCUUAGAACUUGUUACAUACUUGAUAAUGUGUUAAUAUUUAGUCAGUGAAUGUCAAAUACUUGAAAUUAUGUAAUCUGCAGUUUGUGAAUACUUGAAAUUACGUCGUAUUUAGUACUGUCAUGUCAUAUUCAGUCUGUAAUGUUGAUAUUCACGUGUUGUACUCUUUCUGAAUAAUUUUGAGAGAGUUACAUUUCACAUUACAUUUUUUUUUUUUUCUUUUGCGUCACUAAAUAUUCUGUGAUCUCAAGUGGAAAUAAGUGUGCCUGCAUGUGUGAGUGUCUGUAUGUGUGCAUAACAGAAAUCACUUCGCAUUAUUACUAUUUAAGAGUUUAUGACCAAACUUAUCUUUGCCCAGUAUUUACGCCAGUACAGUAUUCAUGUACUUAAGGAAAAUCUUUUUAUACUACAUUCAGUUGCCAUUGACGUCUUGUUUGAAUUAAUUCCAUAUUUAUCCUAUAUAAUUGUUCUCUUUCCUUGUUUUACCAUCUGUUGAUAAUUCCACGGACAAUAUUUUACGCAUGUGGCAUCUUACACAAUUCUAGCAUUUAUGAAACGAAUGGCAUUCCGUGUUAACCUGUUAGUAUUUACAAAGUGAAAUUUUUAUGCGAAUUACUCGACAGGAACGAACAAAUACUAGUUACUGUAAUAAAAAUCAUUGAAUUGA